CGGGAAAUUACCGAACAGCUCCAUACUACGUCCCAUAUAUUGACAUUAGGUUAUCAAGCUCUUUGUUAAACUAAAUUAAGACGCCCGUGAAACAGGAAAUAACAUACAAUGGCAGACUUUUCAACGCUUAAUCAGGCCAUGAGGGGCGUGUUUCGCAGUGGGAGGACAAAGUCGGUGGAAUGGAGGCGAGCUCAGCUGAUGGCUCUUCUCAAGCUCUUGGACGACAACAGAGAACGGAUCUGUCAAGCUUUGAAGGAAGACUUGAAUAAGAGUAAAAUGGAAGGACUGCUGUUUGAGGUAGACUUUGCAAGGAAUGAUCUGAUCAACUGCAUUAACAACUUGAAUGAAUGGACGAAACCAGAAAAGGUCAAGAAGGGUCUCAUCAACAUGAUGGAUAAGGUCUACAUCCGCAAAGAGCCAUUUGGUGUUGCUCUAAUUAUGGGGGCCUGGAAUUACCCCAUCCAGUUGACCAUCUGUCCUAUGAUUGGGGCCAUAGCUGCAGGUAACUGUGUGCUAGUGAAGCCCUCUGAGAUCUCAGCCAGUACAGCGGCUCUUCUGGAGGAGAUUGUGCCCAAAUACUUGGACAAGGAAGCUAUUCAGGUGGUGAAUGGAGGAAUCCCGGAAACAACUGCUAUUCUGAAGGAGAAAUGGGAUUACAUCUUCUACACAGGAAACUCCAUGGUGGGCAAGAUUGUGAUGAGAGCAGCGGCAGAACACCUCACCCCUGUCACCUUGGAGCUCGGUGGGAAAAGCCCAGUGUAUGUGGAUGAUGGGGUAGACUUGGGCAUUGUGGCCAACCGUAUUAUGUGGGGCAAGUGUACAAAUGCAGGACAGACCUGUAUUGCACCAGACUAUGUAAUGUGCUCCAAGAAAACUCAGGAUGCAUUGAUAGAUCACAUCAAGAAGACACUGGGAGACUUUUACCCUGAUGGUCCAGCCAAGUCACCUGACUACUGUCGUCUCGUGUCUGACAGGCACUACCAGCGAAUAAAGAAGAACCUCCAGGGAGGCGGUACUGUAGCUGUGGGAGGCGGGACGAAUGAUGGAGAGCGCUAUGUGGCACCCACAGUGCUCACUGAUGUGAAGUUCUCCGACCCAAUCAUGCAAGACGAGAUAUUCGGUCCGAUUCUACCCAUAAUACCAGUGGAAAACGAAGACAUUGCAAUCGAGUAUAUCAAUGAUGGAGAAAAGCCUCUAGCUUUCUAUGUGUUCUCUAAAAACCCUUCACUUAGUGAGAAAAUGCAGCACCACGUAUCAUCAGGAGGAUUUGUAACCAAUGAUGUCCUUAUGCAUGCUGGAGUUCCCACCCUGCCUUUUGGAGGAGUAGGUAGCAGUGGAAUGGGGGCCUACCACGGCAAGUUCUCCUAUGAAACGUUCUGUCACAAGAGGUCAUGUAUGGAGAGGGAAUUGAAGAUGGAGGCCCUGAACGGCAUGCGUUAUCCCCCAUACACCGAGACCAAGAUGAAGCGAGCUGAAUGGUUCUUGAAAAGAAAAGUAAACAAUGGCAGUGGAGCAAAGUCUCUCCUACCAUACUUUCUGUUUGGGACACUUUUUGCGGUGUUGUUAAAGCUUUACAUGAAAACCUUUUGACGUCUGAUAAAGACUUGAAACAUGGAUAGAUGGCAAUAUGGAGAUGUUUCUGGCUCCCAGCUCUUCGUUCCUGUUCUGGACUCGUCAGUAAAUGUGGGAACCAGCACAGUCACAUGACCAAAUGCCUUUGCUUCAGUUGGACUGAGCCCUUUUUUUCUUCAGUGUUUAUUUUGAAACACAAUUAUGUUUGUGGGCAUAUUAGUUUCAUUAGAAGAAAAAUGACUUAGUUUCAUCACAUAGUGACAGGAUUUAAUGCCAAAAAGUAUCAAUGACAUUAAUGCUAGUUUUAAUUAAUGUGUUUCGUGUUUUGAUUAAUGUGAGUUUGUAAGUUAAAAAAAGCAUUUUCAAACAAUAUAUUCAUUACGCCUGGUGCUGAAAAAAUAUAUAAACAUUUGUGCAUGGAUGAAACUGAUAAAAAAAUAACAUGCUUCUUAAAUCAUGUUACAUGUUUGUUCUCGAAGUCAAGGAUUGUUCAAUCCCUAGUGAAGACAUAAACAAAUUAUGUAAUCACUUUUUUGUAUUGUCAUAAUUAUUUUUAGAUAAAUCCAUAUAAAUAAUUGUCAGUAGAUAGAUGUACAUGAAAUUCUUAAAAAAUACGAAACUGUGAACAAAUCAUGUUUUAAGUAUAAAUCAUCUAGAUUCUUGUAUGAUUUAAUUUAAUUUAUAGAACAAUUUUUGUUAUCUGUACAUAAAAGUUUAAGUACGAGUUUGUUUGUUUGAUCAUUAAGUUGUAUUUUUUUGUUGUGUGAACAUAUAUCAUACCUUUACUUAGCUUGACUUUUAAUCAUUUCUCUUGAACUGGUAUACUAUUUUUUAGUAUGAAUAUAAUGGAAAAAAUGACUUUUACAAAUGUUUCUUGUUUGGUCAUAUGUAAUUAUAUAGGAUGUUUCAUGCUUACAAGAGCCUCUAUCUAUAACAUAUUGUUUCAUACUGAAAAGUUUGUAUAUACAGAGCUGAAUGCCUGCAGCACCUAAAGGUCUUAAUCUGCAUUUGUAUAAUGUGCAAAUAUAGUUCCCUAAAGUCAGUACAGGUUUUCAGUGUUGUGAAAUGUGUUUGACUUAUUGUUAUGCUGUCACAUAUUGCAGUUAUAGAAUCCAUUUCUCUGAAAUUCAUAAAAUUCAUAAAACACUCUGGCAAGAGUACCAUAUUCAACCAAUUCUCUUUGGAUCCUACAGUUUUCAAUGGCUUUUGCAACCAGCAUAGAACCAGAACAGCCUGCAAGUAAUUUGCAAUCUGUUCAGGUUUUAUGCUGUUUGCUGCUCAUCAGUAUCUAAGGGAUUGAAAUGAAGCCUUUAAAACUUGAAUCCAGUAAAAAAGAUCUUAUUUUAAAUUGAACUUUCUAAGCGACUACAAAUGCGUCAAAAUACGUAUCUAAGGGGUAAAGGUUUAAUAUAUACAAAUCUUUUUCUUACGACACUAGUACACUAAAAUUAUAUUUGUAGUGGUCGAUUUAUGGUCAUGUGUGACGUUAAUAUUUUUUCAUUUUGCAUAGAUGCAUUUGAUUAAUGUUGAUUUGCAUUGACAAUUCUAAGGCGUCUUUUCCAGAUUCGAUCAGUUUAUGUUUGAAGAUGGUGUUCUGUUACAUAAGUUGUGGUAAAGAUCAUGAUGUUCUUUCAUUAUAUAUAUUUAGUAGAAUUUAUGGAGUUUUGAUGUUUGCUAAAUAAUAUAUGAUUUAAUAAAGAUCAAGCAUAAAAUGAUGAAACAAAAUAUCGGCAUUAAGGGUUUCUUUUCAGCGUAAAACUUUAAAAUCAGCUUUUGCCUGUAUUUGUAAUUUGUUGUUGUUUUUUUGUGUGAGGCAUGAAAUAAUUACAUGUUAGGAUGUAAUAAUUUUGCAAUGAAAACUUUGUAAAAAAGACACACUUAAUUUUGUACAAUGUUGAUGAUAAAUUAUUUUAACUA